CCUGUUGGGUGGAGAGAGUAGGAGGAUAAGGAAGGGAGUCGGUGCACCGGGCACUCCCAAGGUUCAGUUCUCCGCCUUCACGUGUGCGUGUGUAAUGUUCUGUGAGCGACCUCGAGGUAACCCGGCCCGGGCUCACUCAGGGAGGGGAUCCUAGGGCACACAGCAGGCUGGGGCCUAGGGCAGCUCACAUGGAUAAAGCUCUGUGGGACACAGCAGGAGACGAAAGUGACUUUGAUGGGUUAGUUAGACCAGUUGUGCUGCUAGGAAGUCCUGAUAAGAAGAAGCGCAGAUCUAGUACACAGGGAAUUUCCUUUUCUUCUCAAUCAGAGUAUGCUCCACCAACAAAUACAAGUUCAGAUGUUCUUAUUGCUUCCAAUCCUUUCGAUGAUGAAUACACCAUAUCACCGCCCUUUGGGAAUCCUUAUUUCCAUAAAACUGGAUAUUCUGCUGUUAGGAAUUAUACUUUUAGAAUGCCUACCAGCAUGCCACACAGAAUGGUGUCUCAGUUUUCUGGAUCCUAUACUUUCAGAAAUCAAUCCCCAUCAUUCCCAGAAGACAGAAUGGCGAUGACAUUUGGCAAACCUCGCCUAUUUAAUACGGGUUUACAGAAUAACAUAAACUAUGAUAAAGAACUCUUUACUAACAGGAGUGGUCAAACUAUUACUCUGCCAGGACAGCACUUUAGAACAAAUCGUCAAGACUUCAGUACUAUGACCGCACACAACUCUAUGCCAAUUUACAACUUUGAGACAAUUUCUAAUAAAGGCAUGGGGAUGGAAAGCAGCAAUCCAUAUACUGAUUCAAAAAAUCACUUUCUUCAUACAAGAAUAUCUACUUCAAGGGCAGACUUUUCACCAGAAUUUUAUAAAAAUGCUAAUCAGAGUUCCACACCACAUACAGUCUCGGAUGGAAUAAUUAAUUUUUCUUCUGAAGCCAAUCCAAAGAGCCGUAAAAAACAAUUAAUUGGUACAGAAAAUGUGCAGCCUAAAAUUGAUCAACUUGUUAAUGGUGGCCAUACUAAUGGAACUCGAAAGCGUCAAGCACCUAGAGUGGCUAAAGAUGAUGUAACCGCUAAUGAAAAAUGUAACAGGUGGCUUCUCAAUUCUUCUUAUAGCAGCAGUUUACCCUGCAACACUUUAUAUUCUUGUGCUGUAUGUACUAAUGAUAUUCAUGAUGUCCAGGAUGCUGUAAGGUGUGAAGCAUCGUGUUUGAAAUGGUUUCACCGAUCCUGCACUGGGAUGACUGAAACAGCUUAUGCACUUCUAACCGCUGAAUCCUCUGCCAUUUGGGUUUGUGACUCUUGCUUUUCCACAAAAGACAUCCAGCUAUUACGCACCAGUAAAAAUAUAAGUUGAGGUUUAUGGAUGUUUGACAUUUAACCUAUGUUUAUUCUUAUUUUGUGACGUAAUAAGGUACUACAGAGUGUCCUAGCUAUUUCUGCUUUAUGUUGCAGCAGCAGUUCAUGAUUGGGUACACCUGUUAGAAAUGCUCUUUGCUAGAAUAUAUGAACAAACAUUUAGAGCGUUAAUGCAAGUUGUAUAAAAUUAAGGCCUGUUUCCCUUAUUGACAGCAUCUCAUAUUUAACAUUUAAAAAUGCAUUAGUCAGCUUGCUUUUCCUUUUAUAAUUUCUUUUGAAUAUUUUGAAAUCCUUAGACCUAGUGUUGAAGCUUAGCUUGUGCUGUCAUAUAAAAAUAAUGGUCAAAGUUAUCAACUUAAGAGCCCUCUGUAGUUUGAGGAUCAUUUUCAGUAUGCAAAUAGAAUACAUUUUUGUUCUAUUGGAUGUCUGCAGUCAGUACUGUUAUUGUUCUUGAGUGUGUACUCCAACAGUUCUUGCAUUAGUUUUGUUUUCACAAUAAAGAGGCCAGGGCUUGAGAAACAUAAAAAUUAAACCAGCAAAACUAUUGAGAAACCAGGUGUACUCUUUAUACAGGGAGUUGUGUAUCUCUAAGGAUUUAAAAAACAAAUACACAUUUUUAAAACUUUGGCUUUUAGGUUUUGUCUGGCAUUGCAUCAUUUUGUGAUUACAAAAAAUUUAUAAGCUUAAACUAUUUUUUUAAUAAAUGGGGGGGGGGGAUUUCCAAUAAUUUUGAAAUAAGUAACACAAUCCUGUUUUAUAAAAUAUUAGUAUUUAUGGGCUGAGAUCAUUUAUAAAGUUUUAAGAUGUGUAUAUUUUGCUUACCUAUUGCACUAUGUUUAACCCUCUAAAUGUGAGUAAUUCUUUUUAGACAUGAAAUGUUCUCAAUAUUUAUAAAACUACAUUUUUUAAAUUCUAAA